UAAUAUAUAUUUUUUUUUAAUUUUCUUUUAUAUUUAAUUCAACUGGUUUGGGAUGUUUGGGGUUGUUGGACAUCAUCAAUGGUGGUGUAAAAACUCAGAAAGAAAGACAGAGCAGCGAGUGAGAAAGAAAGAGCUGCACGUGCUUUCUUCAGCUUCUUCCCUAUCAUACACGCAGCAAUACGAGAAGAAAGAGAGUAGCAGACAGACAACAUUAAAAGCAUCAAUUGAAUUCCUCACCUGCUUUUCCUUCUCCUUCUACUCUCUCAAAUCAAUUUCCUCUUUGUCACUCCAUUUUUCCCCAACCUACUUCUUCUACUAGCUAGGUGUGAGCUACUGGGUGAGUGAGUAAGUGAAGAUCCAAUUGCAUGCAGUCAAGAUUACUGCCAUGAGAAGAAGAGAUCAUUACAUCAAUUUCUUCUUCAGUCAAGUUAUGAUCUUUGAUUCUUCUUCUUCAUACAGUAACCGUACUUUCUUUGUUAAACAGUGAUUCUGAUGAAAAGAAGAUGUUACUAUUUAAUGUUGAUCAUGGGUUUUUCUUAGUACUCAUCCUUCUGUGAAUAUACUGUAAUGUUGAAAAAUUAAGAUUCUUUUUUUCAAUUUCUGGAAAGGCCCCUUUUUCUAACAUGAGAAGAUUCAAGUUAAAGGUGUGUACUUUUCAUGUGAUUCUUCUAAUAUUCAUGGAAUUAUGUUUUAGAUCCACAUUUUCUCAAUCAGAGAAAGAAAUUUUGUUACAAUUCAAAGGGAACGUCUCAAAUGAUCCAUACAACAGUCUGAAUUCAUGGGGUUUGGAUAGGAAUCAAUGUGGUGAAUACAAUGGGGUUCUAUGUAAUUCAGAAGGUAAUGUAGAGAAGAUCGUGUUAUGGAAUAUGAGUUUAGAAGGUGUAUUAUCACCAAGUUUAUCAAAAUUGAAAUCACUUAGGAUUUUAUCUUUGUAUGGAAAUAGAUUUACUGGUAAUAUUCCAUUAGAAUUUGGUGAGUUUCAGAAUCUUUGGAAGCUUAAUUUGAGUAGUAAUGGUUUAGUUGGAUCAAUCCCUGAGUUUCUAGGUACAUACAAGAACCUUAGGUUAUUGGAUUUAUCAAGGAAUGGUUUUACUGAUGAAAUACCUGAUAAUUUGUUCACAAAUUGUUUCAAAAUGAAGUUCGUUUCGCUUUCGAAUAAUAAUCUAACUGGGUCUAUUCCAGCUUCAAUGUCUAAUUGUUUCAGUCUCAUUGGAUUUGAUUUUAGUUUUAAUGAUUUAAGUGGGUUGUUUCCUGAAGAAAUUUGUGGGGAGAUUUUGGGUCUUGUGUAUGUUUCUUUGAGGAGGAAUUCAAUGGUUGGGAAUGUGCAAGAACAGGUUUUGAAGUGUCGAAAUUUGCAAGUGUUGGAUUUAGGGAGUAAUGCAUUUGAUGGGUUGGUUCCAUUUGAUGUUGUUUCAUUUCAGAAUUUGAGUUAUUUUAAUGCGUCAUUUAAUCAAUUUGUUGGGGAAAUUCCUGAUGUUGGGAUGUGUAGUGACAGAAUGGAGGUUUUCGAUGUUUCUGGGAAUGGGUUAGUAGGGGAGAUCCCAGUGAGUAUAGCAAAUUGUAGGAAUAUGAGGGUUUUGGAUUUAGGGUUUAACAAGUUGGAUGGUGGAAUUCCGGUUGAGAUUGGAAAUUUGAAGAAAUUGUCUGUUUUAAGAUUGGGUGACAAUGUGAUUCAAGGAACCAUUCCAAAUGAGAUUAGUAGUAUUGAGUUUCUUCAAGUGCUUGACUUGCAUAAUCUCAAACUUUCUGGCGGUAUCUCUGGUGAUCUGAGCAAAUGCCGGUUUCUUCUCGAAUUGGAUCUGUCUAGCAACAGUUUACAAGGUGAAAUACCUCAGACAUUGAACAACAUGACAUACUUGACGAUCCUUGAUCUACAUCGAAAUCGUCUUAAUGGAACCAUACCAGUGAGUCUUGGUGAAUUGCUUCGACUUCAGUAUCUUGAUUUGUCAGAAAAUUCUUUCGCAGGACCUAUUCCGCCAUCACUUGGAAAUUUGACGUUGUUAACUCAUUUCAAUUUCUCAUCCAAUAAUCUGUCUGGAUCUAUUCCUCUUACUCCCGUAAUUCAGAAGUUUGGUUCCACAGCUUACUCCAAGAAUCCUUCGCUAUGCGGAGUUCCUUUAGAUACUCCGUGCUCUGCCACUGGUGAUGGCGGUACAGCGAGGUCUCGGAAAACAAGAGUGUUGAGUGUUUCUGCAAUAGUGGCCAUUGUAGCUGCUGUGGUUAUUCUUUGUGGAGUUUGUAUUAUAUGUGUCAUGAACAUUAGAGCUCGAAAAAGGAAAAAGGAUGAGAGUUUUGCUUUGGAAAGUACUCCACCAGCAUCAACAGAUUCGAAUCUCAUCAUUGGUAAGUUGGUUCUCUUCAGCAAGAGCUUGCCUUCGAAAUAUGAAGAUUGGGAAGCAGGUACCAAAGCUUUGCUCGAUAAAGACUGUUUGAUUGGUGGUGGUGCAAUUGGAACAGUCUACAAAUCCAAUUUCGAAGGUGGGAUUUCCAUUGCAGUGAAGAAACUCGAAACUUUGGGAAGGAUUAGAAACCAAGACGAAUUUGAACAAGAGAUUGGGAGACUGGGUAAUCUUCACCAUCCAAAUUUGGUUGCUUUUCAAGGCUAUUAUUGGUCGUCUACAAUGCAGUUAAUUCUAUCUGAACUCGUUUCGAAUGGAAAUCUCUAUCAACAUCUUCACGGAUAUAUUCAUCCUGGUGCUAGUACCAGCACCAGCACUGGCAGUGGACAAUUUAACUGGUCUAGAAGGUUUCAGAUUGCUGUUGGAACUGCACGGGCGCUUGCUUACCUACACCAUGAUUGCAAACCACAAGUUCUGCAUUUGAACAUUAAAUCUACCAACAUACUUUUAGAUGAAAGAUAUGAACCAAAAUUAUCAGACUACGGAUUGUUGAAACUACUACCGUUGUUCGAUAGUUAUGGUUUAGCCAAGUUUCAUACAGCCGUAGGAUACGUUGCACCAGAAUUAGCUUGUCAGAGUUUGACAUUCAGUGACAAGUGUGAUGUUUAUAGUUUCGGAAUCAUUUUGUUGGAGCUUGUUACUGGAAAGAAACCUGUUGAGAGUCCAGCGGCGAGCGAGGUGGUGGUUCUUUGUGAUUAUGUCCGGGGUUUAUUAGAGGAAGGUUCAGCUUCACUUUGCUUCGAUCGAAGCUUGCAGGGGUUUGUAGAGAGUGAAUUAAUUCAAGUUAUGAAGCUGGGAUUAAUUUGCACUUCUGAAAUGCCUUCAAGAAGACCAAGCAUGGCUGAAGUUGUUCAGGUACUGGAAACUAUUAGAUCUGGCUGAGAGUUUCAUAAUUGUAGAGAAUUUAAAGUUCAAGCUAUUGUGCAUCAUUUAAUGAAACCCGUACAUACCGUCAUGGCACGCCGCGAUACAGAAUUCUCGCCACAGCAGAAGAAUGAGGUUGUGCUCUAGUUGUGGCCUUGUGGGUUAGUUGGCGUGGAUUCAGUAAUUGAGACCAGGAACAAAAAAAAAUUGUUCAAAUUCAGAACAAAAAUUUCUUUUCCAUUCUUUUUUCGAGUUUACUAUUUAUCAACCAAUUGUUAAGGUAAAUCUGUAGUUUCAAUUAUUCUAUAGUUUAUAUAAACUUUUUUUGGUCA